AUGCCCUCCCACAUACGAACCUACGACGGAACGGAGGAUACAGAAGAUCAUGUUCAGAUCUUCACAGGGGCAGCAAGGAUAAAGAAAUGGUCCAACGCCGAGUGUUGUUUAAUGUUCAUGCAAGCCCUCGUUGGGUCUGCCAGGAUCUGGUUCAAUGAUUUGCCAGCUCGAAGCAUUCGAACCUUCGAUGAUCUAAGCAAGGGUUUCUUGGCUAAUUUCUCACAACAAAGGAGAUACGUGAAGGAUGCCAUUGUGAUCUUCCAGAUCAAACAAAAAGAUGAUGAAAGCCUUAGGGAUUUCAUCAAGAGGUACAAAAAGGAGGGUUUAACAUAUGUGGGAGCCGAUGAGAAGAUGAGGAUUGCAGGCUUCAUGAAUGCAAUCACCUCUAAGUACCUUACCAGGGACUUUAACAAGUGCCUGCCCAAAACUUUGGAAGAAGCCCUUGAAAGGGCUGAGGCUCAUAUCAGGGGGGAAGAGGCGGUUGACAUUAAGGAGCAAAGAAAGAGGAGUCCUAGCUAG